CUUGAAAUCACUUGCCACUUUUCUCUUCAUCGUCAACUUCGAGGUUCGGUUUCUUUCCAUGGCUGCAAUGGCGAAAACAGGCUUGCUCAAUCAUGCUUGUUUUGCCUACAAUCACAGGGAACUCUCUGUUCUUCCUUCCAGUUUGGUUCGUUUCAAGUCCCAGAACUCGAGAAUUUAUCAGCUUAAUUCAGUAUUUAGACGGCCCAGAGAGGCCUCGUAUUUUCCUGUUAUUAGAGCUCAGAUCUCCCCUGGAUACAUCCCGGAUGUAAAGUUUUACAAAGUGGAGGCUAUUAUCAGACCCUGGCGAAUCCAGCAGGUUUCAUCGGCUCUGCUGAAAAUGGGUAUCCGUGGUGUUACUAUUUCUGAUGUUCGAGGCUUUGGUGCUCAAGGUGGUUCAACAGAGAGACAGGGUGGCUCUGAAUUUUCUGAAGACAACUUCGUGGCAAAGGUUAAGAUGGAAAUUGUGGUAAUAAAAAAUCAGGUUGAAGCAGUAAUAGAUAAGAUAAUCGAUGAGGCAAGAACAGGAGAGAUUGGUGAUGGCAAGAUUUUUGUUGUUCCUGUCUCAGAUGUGAUAAGAAUUCGCACAGGAGAGCGUGGAGAGAUGGCAGAGAGAAUGUCCGGUGGAAGAUCCGACAUGAAUAAACCUGCAUAAGGUGAAGAGCAAUCAGCAUUAACAUCUACCCGACACUCAUGUUUUUUAGAGCUUAGAAGAUUGUAGAUACUCUUCUUAUCUACAUACUUGUAAUGAAUAAAGACUAGAUACUCAUUCUGUAAUGUCAGUAAUGAAUCUAUGAGAUUUACAUUUAGUUGUGUCUGGUUAUUCUCAGUCUAA